UUUGGCCCAAACGAAUAGAUUCUCAUUGCCAACAACGGUAUCGCCGCGGUCAAAGAGAUUCGCUCAAUCCGCCAAUGGUGCUACGAAACAUUCGGCACCGAGCGUGCCGUCGAGUUCACCGUAAUGGCGACGCCCGAGGACCUCAAGGUCAACGCCGAGUACAUCCGCAUGGCGGAUCGCUACGUCGAGGUGCCAGGCGGGUCCAACAACAACAACUAUGCGAACGUCGAGCUCAUCGUUGACGUCGCUGAGCGGGAGGGUGUACACGCUGUCUGGGCAGGCUGGGGCCACGCCUCCGAGAACCCGCGCCUACCCGAGACCCUCGCGGCGAACAAGAUCGUGUUCAUCGGCCCACCCGGGAGCGCGAUGCGCAGCUUGGGCGACAAGAUCUCGAGUACGAUCGUCGCGCAGAGCGCGAACGUGCCGACGAUGGCGUGGUCGGGAGCUGGCAUCACGGAGACGGCGAUGUCGGAGCAGGGGUUCGUCAUUGUGCCCGAUAACGUUUACCAGAGGGCGUGCGUGACGAGUGUGGAGGAGGGUCUCGCGCGCGCGGAUGAGAUUGGAUACCCAGUGAUGAUCAAGGCUAGCGAGGGUGGUGGAGGCAAGGGCAUCCGAAAGGUCGAGGCGCCUGAGGCGUUCAGGAAUGCGUUCAAUGCGGUGGCGGGCGAAAUCCCUGGGUCGCCCAUAUUCAUCAUGAAGCUCGCCGGGCAGGCGCGCCACCUCGAAGUACAGCUGCUCGCGGAUCAGUAUGGCAACGCCAUCUCCCUCUUUGGACGCGACUGUUCCGUCCAGCGACGCCACCAGAAGAUCAUUGAAGAGGCUCCCGUCACCAUUGCCAAGCAGGACACGUUCGAGGAGAUGGAGCGCGCAGCGGUCAGACUGGCGAAGUUAGUCGGCUAUGUCAGCGCUGGAACGGUAGAAUACCUCUACAGCCAUGCGGAGGACGUUUUCUACUUCCUCGAACUCAACCCUCGUCUCCAGGUCGAGCACCCGACGACGGAGAUGGUGUCUGGCGUGAACUUGCCCGCCGCGCAGCUCCAGGUCGCGAUGGGUAUCCCCCUGCACCGAAUCCGGCACAUCCGUCAGCUUUACGGCAUGGCGCCGCACGGCACGACCGAGAUUGAUUUCGAAAUGGCCGACCCCGAAGCCAGCAAGCUGCAGCGGAAGCCGCGCCCUAAGGGCCACGUCGUCGCCGUCCGCAUCACCGCAGAGAACCCAGACGCGGGCUUCAAGCCGUCGUCUGGAUCGUUGCAGGAGCUCAACUUCCGCUCGAGCACGAACGUCUGGGGCUACUUCUCCGUCGGGUCCGCCGGCGGGCUGCACGAGUUCGCGGACUCGCAGUUCGGACAUAUCUUCGCGUAUGGCGAGGACCGUGGCGAGAGCAGGAAGAACAUGGUCGUCGCGCUGAAGGAGCUGAGCAUCCGUGGCGACUUCCGUACAACCGUCGAGUACCUGAUCAAGCUCCUGGAACUGCAGGCGUUCCAGGAGAACACGAUCACGACGGGCUGGCUGGACUCCCUCAUCAGCGACAAGCUCACCGCUGAGAGACCGGACGCUACUCUAGCGGUGAUCUGCGGUGCGGUGACCAAGGCGCACCUCGUGUCCGAUGCAUGCUGGGCGGAGUACAAGCGCAUCCUGGACAAGGGUCAGGUGCCGUCGCGCGAUGUGCUGAAGACCGUGUUUGGUAUCGACUUCAUCUACAACAACAAUCGCUAUUCGUUCACCGCUACCCGUUCUUCGCCGACCACCUGGACACUCUACCUGAACGGCGGUCGGACAGUUGUCGGCGCACGCCCACUUGCUGAUGGCGGCCUGCUGGUCCUACUUGACGGGCGCAGUCACUCCGUGUACUGGCGUGAGGAGGUUGGCGCGCUGAGGUUAAUGGUGGAUUCGAAGACCUGCUCGAUUGAACAAGAGAACGACCCGACCCAGCUGCGCAGCCCAAGUCCUGGCAAGCUCGUUCGGUUCCUCGUUGAGAGCGGCGACCACAUCAACGCCGGCGAGCAAUACGCCGAGAUCGAGGUCAUGAAAAUGUACAUGCCCCUCGUCGCAGCCGAGGACGGUAUCGUCCAGUUCGUCAAGCAGCCUGGCGUCAGUCUGGAGCCUGGUGACAUCCUCGGUAUCCUCACUCUCGACGAUCCCGCUCGGGUCAAGCAUGCGAAGCCAUUCGAGGGUCUUCUGCCCGCAAUGGGCUCGCCCAGCGUCAUUGGUAACAAGCCACACCAGCGUCUCCACCACUAUCUCGGUGUAUUGAACGAUAUCCUGGACGGUUACGAUAACCAGGCAAUUAUGGCCUCCACGUUCAAGGAGCUCCUGGCCGUUCUCGAGAGUUCUGAAUUGCCCUUCUCCGAGGUCUCUGCUAUCCUAUCCACGUUGUCAGGCCGGAUGCCUGCUAAGCUCGAAGAAACUAUCCGCGCGACGAUCGACGCUGCGAAAGGGAAGGGCGACGUCCCCGAUUUCCCGGCUAUGCGCGUCAAGAAACUGAUGGACCACUUCAUGGAGGACAAAGUGCGUCCGCAGGACAGGCCAAUGCUCCGCACGCAGCUUGGCGCCCUCUUCGACGUCGUCGACCGCUACUCGCAGGGCCUCAGAGCGCACGAGAACAACAUAAUUGCUGGUCUCUUGGCACGUUACGAGCAGAUGGAAAAGCUGUUCGGAGGCAGCAUCGAGGCUCGAGUGCUCACCUUGCGCGAGCAACACAAGGAUGACCUCGACAAGGUUGUCUCGCUCGUGCUCAGUCACAUCAUGGCCCAGCGCAAGGGCAGGCUUAUCAUGCUUAUCCUCGAUCAUGUCAAGAACAGCGGCUUGACAGUUUCCAAUCCGGACAGCAAGCUCUAUCAGGUCCUGCAGGGCCUGGCAUCGUUGGAGGCUAGGUCUUCGACGCAGGUUGCGCUAAAGGCGAGGGAAGUACUCAUCUCUUGCCAAAUGCCUUCGUACGAGGAGCGGAAGGGGCAGAUGGAGAGUAUCCUGAAGGCAUCUGUGACGAACAGCUUCUACGGCGAACAGGGUGCCGACAUGAAGGCUCCAUCGGCUGACGUUUUGAGGGAGCUUAUCGAUUCCAGGUACACUGUCUACGACGUCCUGCCAACCUUCUUCAACCUUCACGAUCAGUGGAUUGCAUUCGCUGCCCUGGAGGUCUAUGUACGGCGCGCGUACAGGGCCUAUAGCCUUCUUUCCACUGACCAUGAGGAGGGCGACAGUAUGGACGAUGGUGACGCACCCAACAUCGUGACUUGGCGCUUCAACCUUCCUCAGUCCCAUUCUCCUCCUACGACCCCGAGCUUGAGCAACCCUGCUCGACGCCAAGCGUCAGUCAGUGACCUAACAUAUAUGAUCAACAAACACCAGAAGCAACCUCUCCGGACCGGUGCAAUAGCCUCCUUCCCCAACUUCGCUGCGCUGUCUCGUGGCUUUGACAAGGUCGCCAACGUACUCCCUCAUUUCGACCCUCAGGAGUUCACUCAGCGAUAUGGUUCGAACAAUCAACCGCCGAACGUACUAAACAUGGCUGUGCGCAUCUUUGAUCCUGCCGAUGACGCACCGGAGGACACGUGGUACCAGAAGAUCCAUGCGCUGGUGAACGAGCGUAGCAACGUCUUGGCGGAUCGCGGUGUCCGUCGCAUUUCCAUUCUUCUAUGCCGGCCUGGUCAGUAUCCUCAGUACUUCACCCUCCGCGACAUGGGCAAGUCCUGGGAAGAGGAACAAGCUAUUCGGCACAUUGAGCCCGCACUCGCGUACCAGCUGGAACUCAGCCGACUCUCCCACUACAACCUCACGCCCUGUUUCACAGAGAACAAGCAGCUUCACAUCUACCACGCAGUCGCGCGCGAGAACCAAUUGGACAGCAGGUUUUUCAUCCGAGCGUUGGUUAGACCCGGACGUGUUCUCGGCAACAUGAACACCGCCCAGUAUCUCAUCUCGGAGACGGAUCGUCUAGUCACCAAUAUUUUGGAUACUCUGGAGGUCGUCUCUGCUCAACACCGCAAUGCAGACGUCAACCAUAUCUUCAUGAACUUCAUCUACAACCUCCCAGUAACAUACGACGACGUCCUCGAAGCGAUCUCCGGUUUCAUCGAACGCCAUGGCAAGCGUCUCUGGCGCCUCCACGUCACCGGAUCGGAGAUUCGUAUCGUCUUGGAGGACAGCGAAGGCAACGUUACACCCAUUCGCUGUGUCAUCGAGAACGUGUCGGGCUUCAUCGUGAACUACCAUGGAUAUCAGGAGAUUACGACCGACAAGGGUACGACCAUUCUGAAGUCCAUUGGCGAGAAGGGACCUCUGCACCUGCAACCUGUCCACCAGCCAUACCCGACCAAGGAGUCGCUGCAACCGAAGCGCUACCAAGCUCAUCUCAUCGGUACUACCUACGUCUACGACUUCCCGGAUCUCUUCGCGAAAGCGUUGAGCAACGUCUGGACGAAGGCUCGCAAGGUGAACUCCCAACUCACCUUGCCCAAAAAGCUUCUCGAGUCGCGCGAGUUGGUUCUGGACGAGAACGACCAGCUGCAGGAGGUUGACAGGGCACCGGGGGGCAACAGCUGCGGUAUGGUCGGAUGGGUCUUCCUCAUGCGGACGCCCGAAUGCCCUGAAGGCCGCCGCGCAGUGGCGAUUGCCAAUGACAUCACCUUCAAGAUUGGUUCAUUCGGGCCUCAGGAAGACCAGUUCUUCUACUUGGCGUCGCAAUAUGCCCGUGAGCACGGGUUGCCGAGGAUCUACCUGUCCGCAAACUCUGGUGCCCGUAUCGGUCUCGCGGAAGAGGUGUUGAGCCUCUUCUCAUGCGCGUGGAACGAUCCUGAGCAUCCUGAAAAGGGCGUCGACUACCUGUACCUCUCGCACGAGAAUUUCCUCAAGCUGCAGGAGAAGGCUGCGACUUCAGUGCGCACCGUUGACGUCGAGGUCGAUGGUGAGGUUCGCCACCAGAUUACCGACGUCAUCGGAAUGCAGGACGGCUUGGGAGUCGAAUGCUUGAAGGGGUCUGGCCUAAUUGCCGGCGAGACGUCCCGUGCCUACGACGAUAUCUUUACCAUCACCCUCGUCACCGCUCGUUCCGUCGGUAUCGGUGCGUACCUCGUUCGCUUAGGCGAACGUGCAGUCCAAGUGGAAGGCCAGCCGAUCAUCCUGACUGGCGCGUCUGCCUUGAACAAGGUGCUCGGCCGAGAGGUCUACACGUCCAACUUGCAGCUUGGCGGCACUCAGAUCAUGUACAAGAACGGUGUUUCCCACUUGACCGCCAGCAGUGAUCUCGAGGGCGCGAUGCACAUCCUGGAAUGGCUGUCAUACGUUCCAGAGGUCAAGGGCGCUGCGUUGCCCAUUCUCCAGUCGAUGGAUCCUUGGGAUCGAGACAUCGGAUACGUCCCGCCAAAGGGCUCAUACGAUCCGAGGUGGUUCAUCGAGGGCAAGGAAGACGAGACCACGCAGGAGUGGAUGUCGGGCUUCUUCGACAAGGGCUCGUUCCAAGAGACAUUGAGCGGUUGGGCGCAGACCGUUGUAGUGGGUCGCGCACGUCUCGGUGGUAUUCCCAUGGGUGUCAUCGCAGUGGAGACGCGGACAAUCGAGCGUGUCGUUCCUGCCGAUCCUGCUAACCCCACGUCCUUCGAGCAGCGCAUCAUGGAGGCUGGUCAAGUCUGGUAUCCUAACUCCGCCUACAAAACGGCACAGGCGAUCUUCGACUUCAAUCGGGAAGGAUUGCCCCUUAUCAUCUUCGCAAACUGGCGUGGGUUCUCCGGUGGUCAACAGGACAUGUACGACGAGAUUCUCAAACAGGGCUCGAAGAUCGUCGAUGGUCUGUCUAGCUACAAGCAGCCCGUAUUCGUGUACAUCGUUCCCAACGGUGAACUGCGCGGUGGUGCUUGGGUCGUGCUCGAUCCGUCUAUCAACGCUUCGCAGAUGGAGAUGUUCGCGGACGUGGAUGCGCGGGCAGGUGUGCUGGAGCCUGAGGGUAUCGUCGAGAUCAAGAUGCGGCGCGACAAAAUCAACAAGUUGAUGGAACGGCUCGACUCGACGUACGCAGCACUGAAGAAGGACAGCGCGGACGCGUCGAAGACCCCAGAAGAGCGCGCGGCAGCCGCUGAAGCAUUGGCUCAGCGCGAGACUCUCUUGCAACCAACGUACAAGCAGAUUGCAUUGCUCUACGCAGAUCUUCACGAGUGAGUCGCCUUUGCGCUCCCAUACCAUAUGUCACUCACGGUAUCGCAGUCGCACAGGGCG